AUGGCAACUGUCAACUGCAUCAUUAAGGGGGUCAAAGACUGGCUUGGUGCCAUUACAAGGAGUGGAGGGUACUGGCCUCUUGUUCCACCAGAGGCAGAGCAGGUGAGCUCUGAAAUCUUCAAGCAAAAAUUGAACUCGGUGCCAGAUCAAACAAGUUCAGAAGAACAAAUGAAGAACUGGUCAAAAGAAACACACAUCCUGGGACAGAAAAAAGAUGACACUUGUGUUGAGUUUCAGUUUCAUCAGAAUUCUCAAAAAAACCCAGAAUUUUUCAUCCAGGCAGAAGCUGAAGCACUGCAACUUUCAGAUUUGCCAGCAACCAGUCAAAGAGGAGGAACCCUAAAUGAUUGUAAUUCCAGUCCUGAAGAAUCAAGCACUGUAGAAAGAAAGCCUAACAGGAUGCUCCCUGAAUUUAUAUCCUCAUGGAAGGAUGCUGCAGAUUUAGGUGGCAAAACAGAAGCUGCAUUCCUUUUAAAAGAAUUGGACACUCUGAGGGCCAAAAAUAAAAAGCUUCAAGAUAAGCUGUCUGAAAAGGACAAGGAGCUGAAGACAAUAAAACUGGACUUAGAACUGCAAGAGAAAGCUACAGAAGCUAAGAUUGCAGAAAAGAUUGCAGCUCUGGUUGAAGAAGUUUAUUCUGCUCAACGGGAACGUGACGAGGCUGUCAUGGCAAGGCUUAGGUUAGCCAAUGAAGAACGGGAUGAAGCAUUUCUACGAGUCCAGCGUUUAGAAGAGUCUCUCAAAGAGCUAGAAAAUAUUAACCCUGAAGAAAAUGACAUGACAUUACAGGAAUUACUGAACAGAAUAAACAAUGCAGACACAGGGAUAGAUAUACUGAAGAAUGGAGCUAUAAUUCUGAAUCGAAUACACAAGACCAAAGAGCGUAAAAAGAAAAUAAUAGCUGAGGAAAUGAAUGCAGUAAUAGAACAACGGGAUGCUGCGUUGUCUCAAUGCAAACGGCUGGAGCAGGAGCUUCAUCAUCUGAAAGAGCAGAACCAGACUUCAGCAAACAACACGAGACAUCUGACUGCUGAAAACAAUCAGGAACGUGCUCUGAAGUGUAGCUACAGCCUAGAAAAUAUGGACAGACCGGUAGGGAUGAAAGUCGUGUCAGUGACUCCUUUAGAAACGGGUUUGACCGGUGCUCUGGACCAGCAGCAGAGCUCCCGCUGGAGAAACAUCCAGCCAGAGCCCCCUGAGAG